AUGUCUGUAUUUUCCCUUCUCCCUUUUAGUACAUUUCUCUUUCUUUCUUUCUCACUUACUCUCUUUUUUAUAAUUUUAUAUUAUCUUAUCUUCAACGACACUCUCUCUUUCUCUCUCGCUUUCCUUGGUCUUUUUCUUCUUCUCUCUCUUUCUCCUUCGUUUCUCUCUUCCUCCCUCUUACUCCUUGUUUCUCUCCUCCCACAUUUCCUCCGUCUUUUUCCUUUCUCUCCUCCGCCUUCCCCGCUUCUCAUUUUUUUUCUCUCUCUCUCUCUAACUAUCUCCCUCUCUUUCCCUCUCUAUCUCCUCCGGCUUUCUCUUUCUCUCUCUUUCUCCCUUGGUCUUUCUCUCUUUUAUCUCACUCUCUCUCAUUUUUCUCUCCUCCGUCUUUUUUCUCUAUUCCUCUUUCUAUCUCUCUUCCUAUCUCUCUCUUUUGCGUAUUUUCUCUCUCUCUCUCCCACCCUCUCUCUCUCUCUCUCUCUUUCUCUCUCUCACACUCUUGCGUCUUGCUCACACGGGCGCUUUCGUUUUUCUCUCUUUCUCACUCUUGUCACCCUCUUUUUCUCUAUUCUUCUCUUUCUCAUCCUUUAUUCGCAUUUUAUAGAUUCAUGA